ACUCAGCUGUUACGAUCGGCCUCCCAGUGAGCUUAUUCCAAGCGAAGAAUUAAUGAAAAAUUUUAGUUGCGCAGAGUUUUCCGUGUGCAAUGCACGUGUUUCGUUCGUCGAAGCAAACGUAAAAUGUAAACAUACAUCGCUGAAUGUGAACACAUAAAAGUUAUAAUGUCGAAAAUAGAUCAAGCGUACGUGUGUAAUAUUGUUUGGUUUUUGUUUGUGAAUUUCGUGUUUGUUGCCUGUGAAACGCUGAUAACAGAACACAGUAAUGUCCACUGCAGCCACGAGCAUCCAACCGAGGAUCAAGUCGUGCGCGGAGUCCACAUAGAGUCAGCACACUUGGUCAAGAAGCGAAGCAUCGAUCAGCCAUUAAGGAUAACCAUUUUUUAUGAUCAUUCCGUGUACAGAUUGGAACCGGAAAAAUUCUACAUGAUAAACAAUACGAUACUCCCGGAUGCGGUCCAGUUCUGGGAACGAGCCCUGAAGGUCAGGAAGACAGGAGGACCUAUCAAAUUGAAUAGGAAAUGUCCGACACGCCAAGUUUUCCUGCGAGGCGGCAGAUCGCACUGUAUAGACGCGUGCAGUCAUGAAACGAUGUGUGGAGAGGUUCGUGUACCAGAGGAGCAUUUGAAUCCUUGCUAUGUCUGUAAUAGCACCGGCCACGACUGCCGGGCGCUACCUCGCUACCAGCCCCCUCCGGAUGAUGAACCAGCUACAGAAGUCAGCGAGAACAAUCUCGACGAACGAAGCGAUGUUAUCGAUGAGGAUUCGGAGCCGGUCGGCGUGAAGGAUACUGACUUCAUGCUCUACGUCAGCGCCGUGGAGACGGAGAGAUGCCGGCGGGGUCUCACGGUGGCCUACGCGUCACACUGCCAACAGGAGUCGGCUUUGGACAGGCCGGUGGCUGGUCACGCGAAUUUCUGUCCGGCCGAACUGUCGACCAAAUACCGCGACUUACCGUCGGUCCUUUCGACCGUCAAACACGAGAUGCUGCACGCUCUGGGCUUCAGUGUGUCUCUGUUCGCGUUUUACAGAGACGACAACGGCGAGCCCCUGACCGAAAGAAGACCUGACACCGGGAAUCCACCAUUGGAUGAGGAGCUGCAGAUACACAAGUGGUCUGAUAGAGUGGUCAGGAACGUGACGCGAAAGAAUUGGAUGAUCAGAGGUGGAUAUAUGGAGAGGACCUUCCACAUGAUGGUCACUCCGAGGGUUGUUAAAGAGGUACGCGAACACUUCAACUGCUCAGAGCUGGAGGGGGCAGAGUUGGAGGAUCAGGGUGGCGACGGCACCGCCAUGACCCACUGGGAGAAGAGAGUCUUUGAGAACGAGGCCAUGACCGGCACCCACACCCAGAACUCGGUCUUCAGCAGGAUAACCCUCGCGAUGAUGGAGGACACCGGCUGGUACAGGGCGGACUACUCCCACGCGACACCCCUGGACUGGGGGAAGGGACUGGGCUGUAAAUUCGCCAUGUCCUCGUGCAAGCAGUGGAUGAACCUGCAAAGGUUGAGACGCAGAAAUCCGGCGCCGUUUUGCGAGAGGAUAAAGGGGAAUCCCUUGAGGACAGAGUGCUCCCCGAGGAGGUCGGCAGUCGUCCUCUGCAACCUGGUCCGCCACGACAACCUACUGCCGAGAGCCUACCAGCAUUUCGACAUACUGCCCAACGUUCCACCAGGGCAGGAAGCGUACUAUGGCGGCUCCGUGUCCCUCGCGGACUACUGCCCCUACCUUCAGGAGUUCACUUGGAGACACAAGAGCGUACUCAUCAGGGGAAGUCGAUGCUCCUACGAGGAGAAUACUCCGAAGAUCGAUCUGAACUUCGCCCUUGAGAACUACGGGCAGCACUCGAAGUGUUUCGAGCACAGCGACAAGGUCUGGGAGCAGAAGUCAUGCAGACAGAUCCGCGAAUGGCAACACUGGGGCUCCGGUUGCUACAAAUACAAAUGCGACAGCGGUCGUCUGCAUAUCGUGGUGGGUAAUUACACGUACACGUGCUUUCACGCCGGUCAACUGCUGCACAUAAGGAUCAUAAAGAACGGCUGGCUUCACAGGGGGGGCGUGGUCUGUCCCCCCUGCAGGCAAGUGUGCGGCGCUGAGUUCGCUGCGAGAAGCGAAUACUGUAAGCCGGGUGAGGAGCCUCUACCCCCGAAUUUGUAUCCCAACGAUUUUCUAGCUUGUAGAGCGUCGGUUAUCCGACCCGCCAUCUUGUGGACGGCGGCCAUCUUGUAUUCGCUGUCAUAACGAUUGACGUCUAGAUAGGACUUAAUGAAUUGCAACGAAAAGCGUGCAAGAUUAAUGUGCGUCAACGAAAUGAUUAGUGUUUUGAUUUCAGUCUUCAAUAAAAGAUUAGGGAAGCAGGGUUGUAAUGUGUAAAAAAAAAAUAUGUUUUUUUUUGUUGUAAAAUAAAUUAUGUGCUUUUCAUUUUUAUGACCAAACCCGACAGUGUAAUUUCCAAUGUGUUUUAAAUCGGAUCAACAUGUAUAUAUUAACUUCUAGAAUUAUGCGCACGCGAGAUGAAUACAUUUUUUAAUUGUCACAUUAACCCUUUGAGUGUAGUGUAGGUUACCGGUGUCCUACGCGGCGCACUCAAGUAAUUAUGUCGAUUUACUGUCACUAAGGAAUAUCUAGUAGACUCUAGGUAAGACGAAUCCGAAGAUAAUGACAAUGAAUCGUGUUUCUAAGAGACCUAUAAGACUAAAACAUACAUUAACGAACAAUAGCAGGCAACGUUAGGCAAUCCAGGCGCCUUAGUAACAGUAAAUCGACAUUUUAACUUCAAUGCGCCGCAUAGGGCACCGGUGACCUACACGACAGUCGAAAGGGUUAAUGAAAAAAAAAGAUUUAAAAUGACUAAAAAAAAUGAAGAAUUCUACGAAAUAUUUCCUUAAAGACGUACACGUUUUAUUCGCUUGUAACACUGAGAUCUAAAAUGGCGUUCGCAUUGACAAGCUUGUCGCAAACUUUUCCAUGUAAAAUAUCGGCUAUGUUAUUUAUUCGUAAUUAAUAUAUAUGUAUGCAUUUUUUAAUAUCAACCCGCGUUUCUUAAGUAAUACUCAUGAUUCUUGAAUAUUGAUUAUUAAAAUUGCUUAAAUCAAACGCCUAAGGAUAAUUGGUUAAAUAUCGAAAUUCUACAGAGCGUAUUUUAUGUGGUGCUACAGAAUUGUUCGCUCAAAAGAAAAGUGUAAUUAAACAAAUUUGUGUACAAAACAUUAGCGUUAAUUGUUUUAAUUAAAGCAUUAAUGUUAAUUACGGUUAAUCCAACUAAAAGGAACUUGUUACCAAUUCUUUUCGAUUCGCAUACGUCCGAUGUUGCCAAUAAAACGUUUUCCCUUCACACAUUAACUUUACAUACAUCUAAUCAAAAACUUUACAAGUGAUCUUAAGAUAAUGUUAGUAUUUAAAUAAUUUUCAAUCGCUUAGUAUACUAGAGUAAUGUGUCGUCUGUGUAAUAACGCGGUGUGACUCGAUUGCGAUUAUAAAUGACAGCUGUCAAACUGACACUUGACAUUAGUUAACGUGAAAAUGAUACGCGCUUGGUAAGAGAUAGAUAGAUUUGAAAGGGGAGGUUCUCGAACGCGACAGAGUGAUGUCACCAUAGGAAUUGAAUGUAAAUAAAUAUUUAAAAAAAACCGCGUGCAUAAUGCGUAAAUUUUAAUUUGAAAUAAAAUAAUUUUUUACAUCGACUUCCGGCACUAAAAAUACACGCUUAUCUUUAGGAAACGCGUCAAAAAGAGUUAACAUAAAAAAAUCGAAAUCAAUUCGGUAUUUCCCGCCAAAACAGUCGGCCAUUUUGAAAAAAAAACCAUACUAAUUUAUGUAGGCUAUAAAAAAAUCCUUAUUUCACAAACACUGCUGUCGGCAGUAAUCAUUUAGCUGUAGUAUUUAGGUUUUUUAUUUUUCAUUUUAAGAUUUGCCUAUCAAUCCAUCCCUGUUUAAUUAGAAAAGUUAAUUUCCUGAGAGUGUUGUCGGUUCGCGUAUGAAGUUCUCGUCACGCGAAUCAAACAUUGCAAGCUCUUUGUAUGCAAAUAUUAAUACCACAGAGCCUAAUAAAAACUUAGGUCUGUGAAAGUAAUUCACAGAAAUUGUUAGGACGCGCCUAAUUAGGAACAGCUUAGCCGGUAAAAACUAUUUAUUUUAUAAUCGAAGACGUGAGUGGAUGAGGGGGCUAAGUACAAUUUUUAUGAUUUUGAAGUUUUUACAUUGACUGAAAGUGUUAUGUGCCUAUAAACCAUAUUAGACCUUAAAAUUCCGGAUUUAAAGGCUAUUUUUAGAAUUAGGAGUUAUGUACGAAGAAAAGGUACAAGUAACAAAAGUUUGUUGCCGGUUUUCUUAAAAUUAACAAAUUGUAUCAUAUCCCCUUCAUCCACUCAUGUCUUCAAUUUAUAUGAGCACCAUGUAUUGACAUCGUAACUAGGGAGACGCGACUGAUUAGUUCGCGAAGACAGAAUCAUAGAUGUGUUGCUCACAUUACUUUGCCUUAAUAAAAGAAAUCGAUUUGGGUGCGUGUACUUAUGUACGCGCGUAAGAAGCUAUACUUUAUUUUUAUUAAAUUUAUUUCUUUUUUUUGUAUUUAAAUUUUAAUCAAUUUGAAAAAAAAUCGAUUAAACAACAUCCUCAAACACGCAUAUUGGACAUCCCUUUUCUUGACAUCGUAUAAAUUCGGUAAUUCUCGGUACGGUUCGGAAAGUUCACCUGCGGCUAUAUUCAGACUCGCCAAGUUACGUCGGUCGUAUUGUAAUGAGCGAUUUGGUGGGCAACUUCAUUUCUGUUAAUUUUUUGUCACGGUGCGCGCGCAUCGUAAAAUUUAAUUCUCAUCAAUUUUUCAUAACGCGUUUCAAAAAGUAUAAAUCAAAUCAAUUCAAAAAAAAAUAAUUCAACAUAAAUGAAAGUACAUACUUGUUGAACGUCAAAUGAACUACCGCCAAUUCACAAGAACUAGCCUCCGUCCUGAGAAGAAUUGGCAAGAAACUCAGCGGGCAUGUCCUUUUUUUUUAAAUAUUAGAUAAAAAAAAACUAAUAUCAGUUUUUUUUUUUUAACUUCAAUAACUUCGAAAAGCGUUUAAUUAAAGAUCAAACCGCGCGGUUGUCUGUUUGUACUGAUUGAUACAAGCGACAUUACUAAUGGUGCUGAUUUUAAAGUUGUAUUAAUUGUACCAUCAAUUCACUGAUUUUUAGGUUACGUCAUGACUAUAGUAUCUAUUUAAUAUGGACCAAGAUAAUUUUUGUAAAUAAAACUUGCAUGCACUCUAUUGAUGUAAGAUUUUAAUCGUUGUUAAUUCAAUAUUUGAGAUGAUGAUAUAUUUCUCUGAUGCGUACCUAAAAAAAAAUGGCGCUAUGAUCGCGUUUUUUUUAUUGUUUAAAAAUUAUUGUAUUGGUGUUACGCAAUUUUAAUUUUAAUGAACACGAUACACUUUCUUUAUAUGCCAUAAAUUAAUUUAUUACUUUAAAAUAAAUAAUAACGAAACGUAUUUUUAAAUUUAUUUAUUUAAAAAAAUGUGUAUUUUCUUGUAUCUAGUUUAUACUUAGUAUGCGUGAAUGAUUUUAUGAAUGUUGAAUUUGUUAAAAUGAAAAAAAUGUGUUUAUAAUAUAAUUAGUCAUUAAAUUUCAAAUAUUAAAAAAAAACUUAUUAAUUGGAUUGACUUGUAAAUGAAAUUCUGAUCAACACAAACCUUUUAGCAUUUUAAUUGUUUUUAGAAUGAUUUUGGAACGAAGUUCCUUAUCGCGCGUUGUGAAAGGGGGCUAGACGGAAAAAAUUCUUAUGAAAAGUUGUCACGACACUUUUUAGAUCCGUCAUUCUGAAUAAUCAACGUGUAGGCGCUUAUCGCGUGACAUUGCUCGUAUCCGAUUGGUCCGCGUAAUGAGUACAGUUUCUCGAGAUAGCGUUUCAACAAUAGUAAUUUAGUUCAUAGUAUUGUUUUUUUCUUCUUCAUAAUGCCGUAAUUUAUUAUUAUAUCUUAAAAAAAAUAUUACAAUUCCUUCACUAAUUAAUCGAAAGGAACUUCGUUCCAUCCGGGUGUCCCUUGACACCUCUGAAGUUUUUCUAAUGCUUAACUGUUCGGUUAAUUUGGUCACUAAAUCAUUAAAAAAUAUUGAAAACAAAAACUAGGUAGGUAUGCACAUUAAAAAUUUAUUGACAAUAGACGAUGUUCUAAUCAAUUCUUUUAAUCACAACGAGAACAGAGAAUUUAGUUACAGAAUUAACCUCAAUAAAUAAGUGUAGUUAUGUAAUAGUUUUAAGUUAUAAUAGAUUUUUGUGAAUUCCAAAAUGUAAAUGAAAGAACACAUUGUACUGAUUUUUUAUUUUAAUUUAAUGAAAUAAAUGUAUUUUCUGAU